GGGCCGAUGCGGCGGCGGCGGCGCCGGGAGCAGCGGGAACGGCCCCGGGAACAGCGGGAACAGUGGGAACUGCGGCACCGGGAGCGCCGGUAGCACUGCGAGCGGCGGCAGCGGCAACAGCGGCAGCGCCAGCAUGGAGUACGUGAGCCCCGAGCAGCUGGCCGGCUUCAGCAAGUACAAGUACAGCGCCGUGGACAGCAACCCCCUGUCCCUGUACGUCAUGCAUCCCUUCUGGAACGCCAUCGUGAAGAUCUUCCCUACCUGGCUGGCCCCAAAUUUGAUAACGUUUUCUGGCUUCCUGCUGCUUGUCUUCAACUUCUUCCUCAUGGCAUACUUCGACCCUGACUUUUAUGCUUCUGCUCCUGAUCACCAGCACGUUCCAAACGGCGUGUGGAUCGUGGUGGGGCUCCUCAACUUCAUGGCCUACACGUUAGAUGGUGUUGAUGGGAAGCAGGCACGCCGGACCAACUCCAGCACCCCCCUGGGAGAGCUCUUUGACCACGGCCUGGACAGCUGGGCCUGCGUGUACUUUGUGGUCACCGUGUACUCCACCUUCGGCCGGGGCUCCACCGGCGUCAGCGUCUUCGUGCUCUACCUCCUGCUGUGGGUGGUCUUGUUUUCCUUCAUCCUCUCCCACUGGGAGAAGUAUAACACAGGGAUUCUCUUCCUGCCCUGGGGAUAUGACGUCAGCCAGGUGACCAUUUCAAUUGUCUACAUAGUGACAGCCUUUGUGGGAGUUGAGGCCUGGUAUGCACCUUUCCUGUUUAAUUUCUUAUAUAGAGACCUAUUCACUGCAAUGAUUAUUGCCUGUGCCCUCACUGUGACCCUGCCCAUGAGCCUGUACAACUUCUACAAGGCCUAUAAGAAUAACACCUUGAAGCACCACUCUGUGUACGAAAUCCUGCUGCCCCUGGUGUCCCCGGUGUUGCUGUUCCUGCUGUGCACCACCUGGAUCUUCCUGUCCCCCACUGACAUCCUGGAGGUCCAGCCCAGGCUCUUCUAUUUCAUGGUUGGAACAGCCUUUGCCAACAUCUCUUGCCAGCUGAUCGUGUGCCAGAUGAGCAGCACACGGUGCCAGCCCCUCAACUGGAUGCUGCUGCCCAUCGCGGCCGUGCUGCUGCUGGUGGUGUCUGGGCUGGCUCCAGGCAGUGAAACGCUCCUGCUGUACCUGCUGACAGCCUUCCUCACCCUGGCACACAUCCACUACGGCGUGGUCGUGGUGAGCCAGCUGAGCAGGCACUUCAACAUCCGGCCCUUCUCCCUACGGAAGCCCACUCCGGACUGACUGGGAGCAGAGGAGGAGAAAAUCGGCCUGCGGGCUGCAGAAGGACUGUAAAUACCUGCUGCAAAUACCUGUAAAUACUUCAGCCAUCACCACAGAUCAAACUAUCCUCUGGACAGGGCCAAGGACACGCGGGAUCCGCUGCAGCCGGGCCGGGGCCGGGGCGGCUCCUGCUGCUCUUCCAUCCCUGCGAGCUUCGGGUUUUGGGUGGAGCUGGAGGAGGAGGAGCCUUUUCAGGUCGCUGUUACUGUACCUUAGACCAGCUGAAUGUUCCCAGAGAAGCCUCUGACUCCGGCCCUUGCUCAGGGAAAGCUGCUUGGGGAUGCAAAGGCUUUACCUGAGCAAAGCACCUUGGCCUGACACCAAAAGCAAUGCAGCUGAUUCCUCCAAGGGCAGGGGGACAUCCUGGUGGUGGGGGUGGUUCCUGGCUGUCCCCAGUGCUGCUGUCUGGACAGCGCCUGUGCUGGGCUGGUACUUUGGGAGCAGAUGGUGACAGUUCUCCCCCAUUCUGUCCUGACUUCCUGCUUUUGGGCAAACACUUGCUAGCACCUUUGUUGUCUUUUUUCUUUUUAUAUAGGGGAGGAAAAAAAGACACUCAAAGCUUGUGGUUCAAUGCUAAAUGGGGAGCUUGGAAAAUCAGGGCUCAGUUUCACAUAGGAGUGGGAAUGUGGCUUCUGCAUGUUGUGUGGUAGCUGGGACCACAUCUUGACACGUUCCUGUGUGUCCAUGUGUGUUCCCAGGCUGGGAAUGGGGUCUGAGCUAUGGAAGGUGGCUGAGACUACAGAGCCGAGCUCUCCCCAUUCCGACCAUCAUGGAUUUGCUGUCGUGGCUUGGCUCUGUGGGUCCUUUCCUGCUGCCUGAGCCCCUUUUCCACAGCCAGGAACAGCCUGGCCCUUCCCAACUGCAAUUCCACCACUGGGAGAAGCACCUGGAGCCCCGUGUUGGUCGUGUGUGCACCUUCAGGAUGCUCCCAGGGGUGGGAACCUUUCAGAUCUGCCUCUCUUUGUCCCCAGCACCCGCGUGUCUCAUCCAGGCAUCUCUUUGUUUACUGUCCACUUGUCAGAGAUGUGUUUGCGUUGAUUUUAUUUUUUAAUUUGUUUUUAUAAUUGACUUCUUCGAGUGGAGUGGUGAAGACUGAAUGCUGAUUUUCUUUCCCGUUGGCUUGAUUCAAUGAAGACCUGUGCUUGAAUGAAGAGUGUAGCUUAAACCCAGGCUCUGGAAAGGCUGCAUCCGGAAGAGAACAAGCACAGCCAAUCGUGCAGGUGGAACUACCAUGGGAACAAAUUCCUUCAGACACUGAUUGUUGUGCAACGUGGGGCAUCUGGCAGCUUGGUCAGAGCGGUUUCCUUCUGCGGGGGAAACCUCUUCCUGCUCUGGGAAGCCUUCAACGUGUAACUGCUAUUUAAUGCUUUUUCUUUUGGAAAUGGAAUCACUGUCAUGCCAAGACUGGAAGGCCUGAGGUUGAGCUCGUGAGUUCACGGGUUGCUUGGGCAGCUCCUGGUCAGCCCUUGGUCAGUCUUGGUCACCCCUGGUCAGCCCCUGGUCACAGUACAGCCUGUGAGGAGCAAACUGUGCCCUUCCCAGAGCUGCCAUCCCUCGUGGGAGGCUCUGGAUGUGUCCCUAUGGCUGUGGCGGGGCUGCGAGAGGGGGCUGAUGGUUUUUGGAGUUUAUUUAAUAAAGUAGCUUCCUCCAAUCCAUUUUACUGAUGUUGUACAGAAAAAAAAAAAGCCCUCCAUGGAUAAAUGACUUGGGCUGCACCUGAGUUUUUGACUCCUGCUAUUUAAUGAAAUAGAAUUAUGGAGAUAAAUUUAAGUCCUGCUCGCACAGGAAUUAGAGGGAAUCUUCAGCUGGGAUGCAGCUUCCUGUGGGACUUGUUCAGAUAGCAGAGCUGGGCUGGCAACACUGAAAAAUGUGUAUGUUGGAUGAUUUUCUGUCUAGUUUUGUGUUUGCCCAAGCAGGGAAGAACUGAGCUGUUCCCUCAGGCUUCCAGCUGAACUCUGGGCUCCCAAACCUGGCACUUGCCUCGUCCUGUCUCUUCCUGUGGGCAUCACUGGCCCCUGAGGACUGGGAUGCUGCUGAGGCUGGGAGGAGUUGUCUGAGCUUAAGUCUUGGUGUACAGGAAGAACAUCCCUCUCCAAAACUGGAACUGCUUCCUCUGCAGAGGCUUUAUCCUGGGGGAGUUCUGGCUCUUUGGUGCCUUAAUUUAUUGCACCUUGAAAGUAGAAAAAAUCUCCUUAAAUCAGCGCUGGGCUUUGGGCUGGCUUGUACCUGGUGGGGACAGGGAUGGAGCAGAGCCCAUCCCCGUGCCCAGGCAACUGCUGGGGAGGGGAGUUCUCCUUUGGCUCUUAGAAAUCCAGUGAUUUCUGCUCCUGGAUUCUGAGAGGGGAAUAGAAACAAGGAGACCAAACCCUGUGUGGCAGCUGAGAACCAACCCUUCUAUUGCCCACCAUGGGUUUAGGUCUUAAGUAUUAAAGUGUUCCUGGUUAACAGCCCCUGAGGGGGAUGUUCUGUCCUGGUCACUGGCUGGGCUCUGCACUUCCCAUGGGGUGUGCUCCUGGGGAUGGAGAGGGCAGGUCCUGGCUCCUCAGCUCCUCCUGCCUGGUGCCCCAGAGCUGAUCUGUGUUGUCUCUUCUUCCAGGGAUUGGUUGCUCCAAGCCUGGAACCUUCCAGGGAUCCAGGGUGGGCACCCUGUGCCAGGGCCUGCCCAUCCUGCCAGGGAACAAUUCCUAAUUCCCAAGAUCCCAUCCAGCCCUGCCCUCUGGCACUGGGAGCCAUUCCCUGUGUCCUGUCCAUCUCCAGCUCUCCUGGAGGCCCUGGUUGGUCACAGUGGGGUUUGGCAGCUGCCUCUGCUCACAUCCCCCUGCACCAAGGCUUUGCCAGGGCUGGGAGCAGUGCACUGGAAGUGGGAGCUCCCGAGGCUCUGGGAACAUCUUUAAGCUCCUUAAACAGAGCUGGCCUGGUGUCACCUCCUGGCCUGUCAAGGAUCUGCAGCUGGGAGUCAGAGCUGGUUUGAUCCAGUGAGGGCCCUAAACUCUUCCCUGAGAGCAUCCAUGCCUGCUUCUGACAGCUGGAAAGUCCCUAGGGAAGGGCUGCUUUUGGGAAACCAGCCUUGGCUCCUCCUGGUUGUACCCACCUCUACCUCUGAGCUGUGUCAGAGCAGUGGCUGAGGUGACACAGAGGCUGCUCUUGGUGGGACGAGGACAGGACGAGGGGAAAUGGCCUCAAGCUGUGCCUGGGGAGGCUCAGGUUGGAUAUUGGGAACAAUUCCUUCAUGGAAAGGGCUGUCCUGCCCUGGCACAGCUGUGCAGGGCAGGGGUGGAGCCCCCAUCCUUGGAGGGAUUUAAAAGCCCUGUGGAUGUGGCACUUGGGGACAUGGGACAGCACUUUGGCCUUGGUUGUGCUGGCAAUGGCUGGACUUGAUGGGCUCAGAGGGCUUUUCCAUGGUGACAGUGGGAGCUAUGCUGACCUCUUUGCUUGUGGAAAAGACCCUCUGGUCCAUCCAGGUGUGGUCAGACCUGGCUGGAGAAGUCCCCAGGAAGUGACUGGGCCAUCCCUGCCCCAGGAGCAGAAGUUUUUGGGGUAAUUUGCCUCAGCCCACAGCACCCACAGAGCCCACUUGGUCAGAGCUGGUUGGAGACCUCAAAAUCUGCCCCCAUCCCUCCCUGCCAGCAGGGACACGUUCCUGCUCCUGUCCCUUGGGCUGAAGGGGACACUGGUGCUGGCAGUGGCCCACAGUGAGGUGCUGUGAUCCCAGGGGCCCCGAUGGCUUUCCCAGAGUCCAGAGUCUGGGGCUUCAGGUACUGCAGUGGGUGUGGAUUCCAGUCUGUUCAAUGCUACUGCUGAAAUAUUUAUUGUGUUUAAGCCAAACAGAAAACUAAUAAAGUUCAGUAAAGAAUAAAAUU